AGUAGUGCUAGCUUACGUGUAUGUAUGUAUGGUUCACUCCUUUCCUAAAGCUCCCCCUACUAAAUCUACUAUACUACAGUAGUAUAUCUGUACGGCAAUACUUUUGUUGGUCAAAACAAGAAAAAUUCCCACGGGUGGAAAGCUGCUUAGCGACCUGAAAAAUAUAGCUUUCCAUAUAAGCAAACCCCAACCAACCCUUCAUAGACCUCACCAUAUAUACACACCUCCGGCCACCAAAUCAACUAGAUAGUCCUUAGCUUCAAUUCCCAUACUUUUGUAGAUCAAAAUCUAUUAUAUUAAUAGACCUAGCUAUCCUAGCUACACAGUCUACCUAGCUAGGUUGUUAUGGAAAGAGCGCUGAACCGCCCGAUGCGGGGAGGACCAGCAUUGAGAGGUAGGUAGGUAAGUAGUUGUGAAUGAUCGAAGAAAAAAUUUGGAUCGAUCGAAGAUGAUGAUGACGAUGAGGGAUGAGGAUGAUGAAGAACAGGAAGGAGGGAGCUCGGGGAGCAAUAGCAGAUGCCAAGACUGCGGGAACCAAUCCAAGAAGGAUUGCGCGUACAUGCGGUGCAGGACUUGCUGUAAGAGCAGAGGGUUUGAGUGUCCGACCCACGUUAAGAGCACUUGGGUCCCCGUUUGUAAGAGACGGCCCAGACAUCUCCACCUUUCUCAACACCCCCUUACUGCUAACCCUAAACGCUACAGGCCGCCGCAGCACCUGCAAAAUCCCCCCUUUUUCGGUGGGGAAGAGGGGAAUUUUCCGGCGGAAGUGAGUUUUCCGGCGGUAUUCAGAUGUGUGCGGGUGAGCGCGGUGGACAAUGGGGAGGAUCAGUACGCGUACCAGACGUCGGUGAACAUAGCGGGGCACGUGUUCAAGGGGAUUCUGUACGACCAAGGAGCGGAGAGCCGGUACAACACCGGCGGCGAGAGCUCCUCCGGCGGUGGUGGCGGAUUUCAACCGCCAAGUAAUCUUCUGAGCACCGCCGCAACGACUGCUGCCACCAGUAAUGCGUCGCCACCUUCUUACCCUAGUCCUUUUAGUACUACUAAUUUCAUGCCCGGUACGCAUUUCUUCCCGUACCCAAAAUCAUAGUUACCUAUCAAAUAACCAUUUUCUGUGCAUUCAAACACCCCUCCCCCCACCCAAAAAAAAAAAAAAAAAAAAAAAAAGUUGCCAUGAGAGAGAAUGUAGCUAUAGCUUAUAGGCUUAUAGCUAGCUGUUAUUCAUUUGCAAUUCCAAUGAAGAAUUGUUUGGGUCAUUUCACUUGGUCUAAAACCUUUAUUAUGGCUUCCAUGUUGUGCUUGUGCAUAUGGUUCACAGUUUGUCUUAUAGCUAGCCUGAAUUCCCCCCAUUGUUUAUUGCAUUAAUUAUGCUUUGUUUAUGAACUUCAAUGCAACUUUUCCCCCGAUUUUCUGUUCCUUUGCCGCCCUAAAACACCAUGUGUUGCAAUCUUGAUGGACAAACACAAUGCAUUUACCCAUUCUUUAUUCAAACUCACCCCAAUUAUUAGUACUACUUUGUAGUUUAAAAACUAUGGCAAAUUCAGUAAAACUUGCCUGCGCUCUGGCCCUCACUGCUCCUUCUUCAGUUCUUCCCUCCUAUUGUGGCUACACAUCUUGUCACACAUAAUUUACCAGUUUGGCUCCGGUUUCACCCCAAUCAAAUAUUGAAAACUAACGUAACCUUAUUUGUUAAGGCUAUAUAUUGCUGUCACUUUUUAUAUCAUUUAUCUGUUCUAAAUGUAUUCAUGUAGAUUAGCUUUUGUUGUAACUUUCUGCUACGUCUCCUUCUUGUACAUUAUUUAUAGUCUGUUGAUUAUUCAUUAAUAAUACAAUACAGUUUCUCCAUAUCCUUA